UCAUACCUAGGUGCUGUAGGGCCUGGCUUGGAAUAUGGGGUUUGCAGAGCACGCCUGGCUGUUGGUGCCCCGGGAGGGGCUCAAAGGCUCAGCUGCAGGGGAUGCUGCACAGAAAGGGGCUGCCAGCAGGAGAACCUGUCAGCUGGUACCCACUCCAGCCAAUGGGGUUGGAUUACGCAAGGUCGUGAUGUGUCUGUCGAAAUUCCCGGGAAAUACAAGCCUCCAAGAAAAUAUCAGCCAGUGUCGCGAAGGGGACGGACGCACGUAGCAGCUGCUACGGGGACCAAUGUCGGGACUAAAGACGUGGCUCUUUCUUGGGUCCCUCUGGCUGGCUGCAGGGUGCGGGAAGGUGGCAGGACCUGGAGCCUGGCCCCCCUAUAACCUGUCUGUGCCCGAAGGCUCCUCUGGGUGUAUUAAAAUUAACAUAUCUGAGAAUUCAUCUCUUUUGUGUAAGAUGCAAACCGCCAUCGCAGCCACCUCCUAUCACUCUGCUUGUGACCCCAUCCUGGCGUUAAUUAAUAAAGAAAUCCGGAACUACAACAGCACAUUCAAGGGACGGAUCUCUCUAUCAGACCAGCUUGUUACUGUGAAGAACGCAAGUAAAUGGAUGGCCGCGGAAUACCAAGUUCUUAGUUUCCUUCAUGGAACCUGCAUGGCUCGUAUCAAUCUGACAGUGCCUGAUUCUGUGCCUGCAGGUCCCGUAUCGGAGACCCCGUCUGCCGGAGAGGGGACUGCCAAUCUGACUGGAGAGGGAAGUAGCCGAGGGACACUUUCCAACGGCUCUCCGGAGCGGGAGCCAGGAGGCCUCUAUGGUGUGUGGAUAUCGUUGGGGUUCAUCACUGCUUUGUUCGCUGCUGCUGUACUUUAUGUCUGCUGGAAACGUGUGAGAGAAGGACCAGGAACCCGUCGUGGUUGUGAAGAGGAAGGGAUCUCCGACUCGGCAGACUCCCCCGUUUGCGUGCCGGCUUGUGCCUCACAUCUGCACGAGGCUGGAACCCGAGACAGAGAGGCUGGUGAGGAGAUCCCACUGAACUGAGAGAUGGUACAGCCCCGGGAACUGAGCUGACGGCCCCAACGCAGCCGAGAGGCAGCACUUUAAUAGCGUUGAAUGGCCGAGGUGCGGGCGCCUCCUGUGUGUGCUGAACAGCUGCGAUCAUUGCACUAGCCUGGAUGUGACUUCUCCCCGUGUGAGGCUCUGGGCUGGGACACCUGGGUCUUCCAUCAACCCCCUGUCUAUGGGUGAGUCACUCAGGGCCGAAGAUUCAAGAGCUCAGACUGAGAGUAGGGUGUUAAUCCGAAGGCUCAUGCAGCUGCCUAACUGGGAACUGAGCUACUCUGAAAAUCUGGCCUUCUACCGCCCCGUGCCUUAAUUUCCCAUCUUUAAAAUGAGACACUCCUCUGUGUAGAUUGUAAGCACUUUGGGGCAGGGAGUGUGUGUGUGUGUGUGUGUGUGAUCGCUAUGGGGCCCUGACUGGAGCUGUAGGCUCCCUUGUAAUAUUAAUAAUCAUAAGUAAGGCUACGAAUCUGUCAUGGAGCUUACAGACACUGUGAUUCUUUCUUUUAUGAGCCCUCCACAACUUCUGGUCGAUGCCAAUAAUUCAACCCCGGGCAGCAGGGUUUGGGCAUCCAUGAAUUAUUAUUUAUUGCCCGUGUCCUGUCCAGGAGUUUUCAUAUAAAUACUUGUGCCAAAAUUGUAGCCUUGAUCAUAAGUAAAUGUGAUUGUUUUUUUUAAAUCUGUUUUUAUUAUUGUAUUUAUCUCUGUGCCUGUCCCUUUUGUCUGUGACAAGAUUUCUGUUUAGACUAUAAGCUAUACAGCAGAGGAAGUGGGUCUCAUUUAUCUUUGCACAGGGGGGCACUGAUCUCUGCUGAAGACUUGGUGCAACUGCAAUACACACAAUAA